AUGAGAGAACGCAGCCAGCAGAGCCUCGGUGGACACGUCCUAUAUGUAGGGUUAUUCCGACAUCCAGGAAUGCUGCACAGGGCUAAGUACAGCCGAUUCAGGAAUGACUCGAUAACAUCCCUUGAUGAAGGUACACAAAAUACGUCUUUAAAUAUUAAAGGUUCUUCCUCCUCUUCCCAUUCUUCAUCACCUAAUUUACUGGCGGAAGAUGUCUCCUUGGGGCCACAGGACACCUGCAGCACUCUGUGCACGCUGAUCCCCCGCAUGGCUAACAUUAAACUUGCCAACCCGUCAAGUCUGCCGGGGCUGAAAAGCUUCUGUCUGGGAAUGAAAGAGGUGCCACGGAUUAAGCUCACGGAGUGUGUUACCAUCCCGAGCAGCCCAACCUCGCCUGAGAUCAGCUGCCUGUCGGCCUCUUACCCACAGCCUGACCUGGACAAACUGGCCCUAAUCCCAAAGGCAGCGGGUGACUGUGCCAUGCGGGGAGCAGAGGAGGCCGCUCCCAUGGGCAGGCAGGACAGGAGCCUUGCACAGAGCCGUGAAAGCGUGGGGGAGCCGGGAACAACCUACAGCGUGCGGUACAUGGGCUGCAUUGAAGUGCUGCAGUCAAUGAGGUCCCUGGACUUUGGCACACGAACGCAAGUAACCAGGGAAGCAAUAAGCCGGCUGUGCGAAGCUGUAUCAGGUACAAAUGGAGCUAUAAAAAAGAGGAAGCCUCCAGUGAAGUUUCUGUCUUCUGUACUUGGCAAAAGUAACCUUCAGUUUUCUGGUGUGAAUAUAAAGCUGACCAUUUCAACAAGCAGCCUCACCUUGAUUAAUGUUGACACGCAGCAGAUUAUUGCCAACCAUCACAUGCAGUCCAUCUCAUUUGCUUCUGGAGGUGACCCAGAUACAACAGACUACGUUGCAUAUGUAGCAAAAGAUCCUGUUAAUCAGAGAGCAUGCCACAUACUGGAAUGUCCCAACGGGAUGGCACAGGAGGUGAUAAACACCAUAGGGCAGGCUUUUGAGCUCCGGUUCAGACAGUACCUGAAGAACCCCUCUAGCCUGGUUACGUCUAAUGAAAGCGACACAGCAAAUGCUAAUGGAUCAGCUGGGAAUUCGCAGGAGAGGGAGGAUCAUGAAUAUUACAACGAAAUUCCAGGGAAUCCCACUGGUGGAGUAUUAGACAUGCGAAUGAAAGUGCAAACAGACCAAAGGGCUAACUGUCUUACACAGUGCAAAAAGCAGUAUUGCUUGACAGGCAGCCCAACAUUCAUCAAUAUAUAUGAAAAUUGUCCAGAAGAAAACAAAACUGUGGGUAACUGUGUUGAAAGAUCACAGAAGACAAAAAAAGAGGCAACAUUAUUGAAGCCUGCCUACAAAACAGAUCUUUUUGAUGAUCCGUGUUACAUCAACACUCAGACCCUGCAGUCUGCAGUCUGUACAGCCCGCGGUACAGCAACAAUACAGACCCAUGGGAGCCCACUGCGUCAGGCCAAGUCACCGGAAGCUGUUCAGCAGAGUGCCACAAGCAACACAGCUGGUCUCUGUGUUCUGCCACAAAUAAAGCAGCAGCUAAAGAAUGAAGACUGUUACCAUGGCAAAUUAAACAGGAAAGCAGCAGAGAGCCUCUUAGUCAAUGAUGGGGAUUUUCUGGUGCGAGAGAGCACAACGUCACCUGGUCAGUAUGUCCUCAGUGGACUUCAGGGAGGGCAAGCAAAGCAUCUGCUUUUGGUGGACCCUGAGGGCAAGGUGAGAACCAAGGACCAUAUAUUUGAUAGUGUGGGUCAUCUUAUUCAGUAUCACAUGGAAAAUAAUUUGCCAAUCAUCUCGUCUGGAAGCGAAGUAAGCUUGAAGCAGCCUGUGAGGAAAGAGAGUAAUGCAGGACACAUGCAGUAUCACAAAUAAUCCCUUGGAUCUCACAAAUCCCAAGACAAUUCAUGUCUGAAAACUGCUGAGAACUUUCUAUUAUGAAGACAAUUCAAAAGAGUAGAGACUGCACUUUCUGCUGCUGUUCCAGAAGACCCUUUUGUGUGUGUAUGUAUGAAUAUAUGUAUAUGUGUAUAUCUAUGUAGAUCUGUAGAGAUCGACAGGCAUAGUUAUAUAGAUAUAUAUAAUCUUAAUGAAAUUACACCUUCAGAGUGGGAGAUUCAUUUGUGAGAAGGUAUUUUAGACAUGCACAAAUGUCACUUUCAAGGUCAUACUGAAUCAGUAACUAUUUAAAAGCACAAUUAAACCUCUACAUGCAAAUGCUCACUUGAACGAACUGCUGGAACAUUAGUAUGUGCCUUUUAGCAUAGGAUUAUUGGAAACCAAUAUUAUUUAUACUGAAUUAGUUUUGGGUGGUUAAACAAACAUGUCUACGCUGUUAACUAUUUGCCAAAACAUGUACAAUUUGAAUAUUACUAAAAUGUCAUCUGCUUUCGAUAGACACUAACAAUUUAAUUUUGCU